AACUUCAGUACUGUAAAUGCGUUUGUGCUAUUGUGACUUAAUACAACCAGCUUAACCAGUGAAAGCUUUUAGAGUUAUAAUUACAAGCUAUCAUAAACCUGACAAAACCUAGAAAACACACAGGCACAUCUUUUGUGUUCAUGUUUCUGUUGUGUUCAUCUUCUUACUGUUUUGCUUGAUCUCUCUCCUCCAUUCAUCUUUCUCCUCAUAUGCUCUUUUCUGUUCCUGGCACACUUUUCACACUCUCCCCUGUCUUCUUAUUGACUCAGCCAUGUCUCUCUGCAGGGACUAUGCUGCCAUCGUGUUCUUCGCUAACAGCCGUUUUGAGACAGGGAAGAGAAAGCUACAAUAUUUGUCUUUCCAGGACUUUGCCUUUUGCGCUGGUCAGCUCAUCAGCUACUGGACCGUGGGAGCAGUUGAGGAGACGACGGGAACUGACCAGACCCCUUUGCACGUCUGUGCUCUCUCUUAUUGUUCUCUUUGGUGUGAAAUGUGCCUUAACGACAACUAUACAUUUGUUCAUCCAUCCAGCUGUGUGUGUGGCAGGGUGAAUGUCCUGUACCCUGUAACUAUGAAGGCCACAUAUGUGCUACUUUGCAUGGGUCUGGUUGUUCUUCCUGCUACAAUCUGUCAGUCUCCUGCUGAACGUGACUCUUACACAGAGUGUACAGAUGGCUAUGAGUGGGACGUGCAGACUCAACUCUGUCGAGACAUAAACGAGUGUGAGACUAUACAGCAGGCUUGUCAGGGAGAGAUGAAAUGCUUUAAUCAUUAUGGUGGUUACCUGUGCCUUCCUCGCUCUGCCUCCGUGAUCACUGCACCUGAGCCCUCCAGCCAAUCAGAGCCCAGUGUUCAUGUGGAGCGUAACGAGGCCUUUAACCCCUGUCCUGUAGGCUACAGGGCUCAAGGAGAUACCUGCGUGGACAUUGAUGAGUGUGAAUUGGACAUGCAUGACUGUCAGCCCAGCCAGGAAUGCGUCAACACUGUGGGCACCUACACCUGUCAGUGCCCUGACGGCUACAGCAAGAUUGGCAUAGAGUGUGUGGAUAUCGACGAGUGCAGGUACAGGUACUGUCAGCAUCGCUGCGUGAACGUGCCAGGAUCUUUCUCUUGUGAAUGUGAGCCUGGCUUCCAAUUGGCAGGAAACAACAGAUCCUGUGUUGAUGUAAAUGAGUGUGAGAUGGGAGCACCUUGUCAACAAAGAUGUUACAACAGCUAUGGUACGUUCCUGUGUCGCUGUGAUCAAGGCUAUGACCUGGGACCCGAUGGCUUCUCAUGCAAUGAUAUUGAUGAGUGCAGCUAUUCCAGUUUCCUUUGCCAGUUUCAGUGUGUGAACGAGCCUGGAAGAUUCUCCUGUGUUUGUCCAGAAGGUUACGAGCUAGUAGGAACACGACUCUGCCAGGAUGUGAAUGAGUGUGAGACAGGCACUCAUCAGUGUGGGGAGGGACAGGUCUGUGUGAACAUCCAUGGUGGACAUCAGUGUGUCAACUCCAACCGCUGCCAGGACCCCUACGUCCAGGUCUCAGAGAAUCGUUGUAUAUGUCCAGUGGUGAAGCCAGAGUGUCGUGACCUGCCCUUCUCCAUUGUGCAUCGAUACAUGAGCAUCACCUCCGAACGCUCGGUUCCCUCUGACAUCUUCCAGAUCCAGGCCACCAGCGUCUAUCCUGGAGCCUACAACUCCUUCCGCAUUCGUUCUGGAGAUGAAAAUGAAGAAUUCUACAUACGGCAAAUCAACAACAUCAGUGCCAUGUUGGUUUUGGCCAGAGCAGUGACUGGCCCGAAGGAGUACGUCCUCGAUCUGGAGAUGGUGUCUGUCAAUCCUCUCAUGAACUACCAGACCAGCUCUGUUCUGCGUCUCUCUGUUUAUGUUGGGCCUCAUGCUUUCUGAGGAGAGAGAGAUGGAGAGACAAACAUAGGGAAAACACUGCUGACUGCAGGCCGGUGGCCGCAGGCCUAUUCUGGGAAGCGCUAAAGCAUCUGAACAUUCAUUCCUCUCACUUUGUCACCGUGGACUCAUUCUCACACAUACAUGCAGCAUACAAGCACACACACCAAAAACACACACAUGUCUGCUGCAGAUAUUUCAGAAAGAAACGUCAAGAUAUAAUUUGGUAUUAGUAUUAGCUAACAAAACAAAAAAAAAUAGGAAGAAUUAUCGAACCUACAUACAAUAGACAUUCCAAAGAACUUUUGUAAUUACAUGUAUCUAGUGUAAUACUGAGUAAUUUCAGAAAACACUAACAAACUAAAGAAAAAUCCAGGUUUCUAUAAGCCUUAAAUGAGAACAAAUUUUUAUUUAAAACAUUUGUGAAACCAAUUUUUACGUAAAUUGUUGCAUUU